GAGGAUGCACGGGGAAACGCACUGCAAUGAACUGAGCGAAGUUAAAACCGAACUAUUUGUUCACGCGAAUUAAAUGGGUACGUGUUGGGUGUACUGGGUUGUGGCGUAGGAACCACCGAGAACCGUCGUCGCUCAAUCUGUCAAACGAGAUUCUGACAACGACAGAAAAAUCUCAGUGCUCAGUGCAACGGGCGAGUAGCCGCAGGGAACAGUGGGCACGAUCGAGUUGAUUGUUGGUUAGUUGGUUGGUUUUGUGUGUAAAUAUUGGGGGGUUGGGGAUAACAGUUGACCUGGCUGGUACUUCGGAAUCAAACAGCCCCCCAUAACUCGGGGAUCAACACUGACAGAUCGUGUUUGUAGGCAGUCAGUGUUGUUGGGUUGGUUGGUUAGUGGUUAGUGUCGGUUCAAAUAAUAACUUACGGGACAAUUCGGUGAUCAUGGCACGGAACCAAGACGAGGCCAAACAAGUCGUACGGGUUGACCAGGACUCUGAGACCGACUUACAAGCCUUAUUCGACAGUGUUUUAAAACCAGACUCCAAAAGGCCUUUGCAAGUACCUUGGAGCAUGAGAAAAUUACCGGAUUCAUUCUUUACGCCACCGUCCACGGGCUCAAAAUCUAUAAAUCACUCUCGCGAAAAUUCGGUGGAUUCUGCAUUUGACGUGUCCGCUCCCGUGAAUUCUGUGCCUUUACAGACGGCCCACCACAGGGCCCACAGUUCCCCUGCGUCCCUACAGCAGACGUACGCAGUGGGGCAACAACAACCCCCCGCACAUCAUCACAUCAAACAACGAUCCUACGAUGUCGCAAGUAAAUCAGAUGAUAACACCCCCCUGCCCCCCGGAUGGGAACAAGCGCGCACCCCCGAGGGACAAAUCUAUUAUUUAGACCACACAACACGGACAACAACAUGGGAAGAUCCAAGGAAGACGUUAGCGGCCAGCCAGCAACACCAAAGUGCUGAACAUUUAGUAUCACACCCACAUACGUCCCCUACAUCUCCUAAUGCCAAAGUAAAUAAUGACGUAGAUCUGGGGGCUCUGCCAGAGGGAUGGGAGCAAGCUCAAACUCCGGAGGGUGAGAUUUAUUUUAUCAAUCACCAGACGCGAACAACCUCGUGGUUCGAUCCGAGAAUCCCCCAACACUUACAACAAAGAUCACCGGGUAGUACUUUGGUUCAACCUUCAUGGCACGCAGCGGUUUCUUCUUCUCCACAAAAAGCUCAACAGAUCAGACUGCAACAGCUGCAGCUCGAGAGGGAGAAGCUAAAGCAGAGACAGCAGGAGAUUAGGAGACAACAGGAGAUCAUGCUCAGAUCGUCAUCCACUGACCUGCCGGUUAUGGAUCCUUUUUUGUCGGGACUGACUGACCAUUCACGUCAGGAGAGUGGAGAUAGUGGGUUGGGCAUGGGUACCAGUUAUUCGAUGCCACAUACUCCCGAAGGCUACUUAUCAAGCAUGGACGAUAAUAUUGAUGUAGAUAGCGCCAGUCACACAAUGGAUACGCCCGAUAUGUCUGCCAUAAGUGAUAAUAUCGAUUCAACUGACGAUUUGGUCUCGACCCUGGCCUUGGACGAAUUCCCGAGUUUGGAUGACGUCCAAUCUUUAAUAAACCCCCCAACUACGAAGCCGGAUAAUAGUUUAAUUUGGUUGUAAGCUUUAGGUUGGUUAAUGGAGAUAAAAACUGGUUUGAAUCACGUCGAGUUUUAGAUGACAGGUAAACCGAUGAUUCUCACGUUAAAAUAAAUUCUGUCCUGGCCCUGUCCGUUGUUAAUUCGACAUUUGUACUUAGUUUAAACCAGUGUUUCUGUUAACUUGCGCCUAGAUGUUUCACAUUGCAAUUUGUUUAAGUUUCGGUUAUAGGUUGUCGUUAACGUUACUUAUAAAAUAUAAUAUUUUAAUACUUCAUGUUAGUAACCAGAAUUAAAUAUCCGUAUUUAUUUAUAUUAUUAAUGUAAUGUAAUUUUUUAGUUAUAUAUUGUUAAGUGUUCACUUAUUUCUGACAGGUCAUCGAAAAAAGUACAGGUAGAUAUGUAAGUUUCACCUUACUAUCUUAAUAUUAUGUCAAUUGACCAUUGGUAGUUUCAAAUUACAUUCUUGAGAAAUCGAUUUGCUAAAACAUAAGUAGCUGGCCUAUUUUUUUUCUAUACUGGGUGGUCCGCGUUCAGCUCUCAGUCACGCUAAACGGCUCGACUUGUUUUAGUUCUAUUAGCGAAAGUAAUUAUAGAGUAAUUGUUUGCUUAAGUUUUUAAUCGGCAACAACCAUCUGAUUUAUACAGUUAUUUCGCUAUUACUUCAAUCCGUUUAUAAGCAGAACAUAAGGUAAAUUUUAGAAUGUAACUUGGCAGAUCUACCUACGUUUCAUAAUGUUAACACAAAUAUGGUUAGUUGGUUUACAGAGGUCUUUAUCGGAAAUCAUUAGAAGCAACGGAGAAUGUACGCAUAUAAAAUGAUUUGAUUUAUAAUUAAGGACAUUAUUAUUGCUAUAAUAGUUAAGGGACUUUGGAAGGGUGUUCAGGUUUCUAUGAUUAAUUUGAGAAUAAAGAUUUGUACAAAUAUGGAUCUGAUAAGGGGUUGAAAAAAUGCGCAUUUUCUUUAAUAUUUAAAACAAUUAAAAAACAAGUUAUUUACUUGUCUCAUUUUUUUUCCGGAAAUUAAUUACUAGUUUUCAAGGAAAUUUAACUAUGCACGUCAUAAGUUGUUAAAUAUACAAAAAAUAUAUAACGUGAUCCUAUAGAUCUCUUAAUUUAAUAUUAACAUCAAGUAAGACCAUUAUAUCGAAUAAUUACAAAAUUAUCUAAUACGUACAUUCAAAAUGCCUUAAGUUAAAUAGGUAAACAAUAUAACUUUAAUGAAAAAUUUUUCUAGAUUUGCGAAAAAAGAGCGAAACAGUGCAUUUUGCCCAUUUUUAUAAAACGUUGUCAAGCCUUUAAACUUAUAGGCCUUGGUUCCAUGCGGCCUUACGGGUCAAAGAACCAAGGAAUAUUACAGGCUUAAUUAAAUAAAAAAAAAUUCUAGGCAAUGUUGACAUUAUCCGCCAAGUAUUUAACCACGCCUUCAAUUUCUUAAAGCAGUGUUGCCAUUUCUUUUAAAAUUUCUAUUAAACGAGGAUUUUUUUAUUAAAUGUUUUCAAUUUUCAUGAAAUUUUGAGGUCAAGCCUACAAGCGUAGAGGCUUUGUUUUCAUCGGGUUUUACGGGUUAAAGAACCAAGGACAACAAUAUUACAGAAAUCCCUAAAAAGCGUCGACAUUUUUGAUAAGACACGCAAUAAAUUAAAUCGAAUGCGGAGGCAUCAAUCCAGCUUAAAUUCCAAUAAAUUGUAAGGAUUUAAAAAUAAAUCUUUACGAUUGAUAAAAUUAUUAUUUAGGAUGAUAAAAUCUGCUGGAAAUAAGACAAUAUAUAUGUUACUGUUAAAAAGGAAGCUAAGCUCACAAAUCAUGAAAAACAAUUUGUUUUUUAAUGAAUUUAAAAUAAAACAGAGACAACUUAAAAAAAUAUGCAUAUACAAAAAUGUAUUUUUUUUAGUUGAAGAACUUGACCAAAUUGGUCAUUUAUAAGUUUUCGUGUAGUUUCUUCACAAACUUUUAAGAAAAAAAAAGCAAAAGUCUUUUGUGAUUUUAAGAAUAUUUACACAAAUAUGAGCAAUUUAACCCCUUGUAUCUUGUAAGCAAAGCCAUUGCGAACCCCUUUUGAAAAAAUAGAAUAAUUUGAAAUGUGACCAUAAUCAUUUAUGACAUGUUUAGAAUUUUUGCUUUAUUACUUUUGCGAGUUUCCAUUUAUACAUAAAACCAUAUCACAAAACAGUUUUACGACUAACCAAACCUCUUUAUUUUAUUCUUGACGCAGGUUUCGCUAACAAUGUUAGCAUCUUUGGGAGAAGAUUAAAAAACUGAAGAUGCUAACAUCGUUAAUCGAAAAACGUGUCGACAGUAAAAUAGUUUUGUUAUUUGAUGGUCACAUCAAAAGUUCCAACCACAGGAUGAUAUAAGGUCAUGAACGUUAAAAAAAAUCUGGUGUCAGUUUUUUGGGCACAAAACGGUUUUUUAUUUAUUUCCAAUUAAACACUGUAAUUAAUUAAGUUAUUAUUAAUCUUUUAGAUUCUGUCAUUUUUAUAUUUUGGGUAUACAGAGCACAUUUUUAGACAAAAUUUUCAUAUAUCUUUUCAACUUAUCGGAGGGCUUAUUAAUCACAUUUUAAAUAAUGUUGCUGUAAUCUGCCAACAAAUUGGCCCAGUCCGCUUUAACUCUCCAUAUAUAGUAAAAAAAAAAAGUAUUUUACCAGUACUAUCCUAUAUAAUUUUUAGGAUACAAUUACUCAUCAAUGAAUAGUAGUUACCACACCAGUGUGGUUUGACAUUUCAAAUAAAUAUGAUUUCUUUCAUAUAUACCUGAUAAGCUUUGCUUGCAAUUUAACCAAUAAACAUAAGGAGGAUUUGCUUACAUGGGCACUAAGCAAUCCAAUUACUUGCUAAACAUAUCAACGUUAUAUACUGGCAUAAGAAAUGAUUCUCAAGAAUGAAUUUUGAAAUGUACCAACAAUUCUGAAACACAUAAAAAAUCAUUAUUAAGUACUGUUUUAUUUAUUGUUAACUUAAGCUAAGGCACACUUUUUACAUGCGCAAAAUAUGAAUAUUUAUUUCUUGGUUCUUCGGGAUAUUGUUUCUAUCUUAAGAAGUUUAUUUUUUGAUUUGUUAAAAAAAAUUGUUGCAGUGUUUACUUACACCGGACCUAAAACAGCUGAGUAGAGAACUGUGAUUUUGUUUUAUUAUCUAAUGACAGGCGUCAUCGUGGUUUGUAGUGCAAUUUUGUUAGAACAGCUGUUCGCGGUCCAGAUUCUCAUAUUUUUUACUUAUAAUAUGUAAUUGUUUCUUAUUCAGUUAGGGAUAUGACGUGAAAGACCCAUGUGUGGUGCUGUAAUGCACAGGCAUACUCUUUUUAAGCAGGAGCUGCCGAGUUGCAACGCUUUUAAGCUGUAUCUGUUAACCCAGGGUUAACAAGAUAACCAGAUGCUCAGUACUAAACAAAUCCAUCCAUUUUGGUGCCUUUAAUAAUAAUAAUAUUAUACUUGUAUAUAAAUAAUUUAAAAAAAAUCUAUUUACGUACAUUGUUUUAUAAUCGUAUAUUGCUAUUUUAUUACAGAGUGACUUUCAGAGACAUUUUUAAGUAAUUUAGGCUUAGGAGUAAUUUGUACGUGUAACUUUCGUGUUUUAUUCUACUUAUUGGUUAUAUUAAAUAAUUUACGUAUGGGGUGUCAAUUUGACGACUUACUGCCCUUAAUAUUUUAGACCCGAUUAGGGGGAUGUAUGCGAUUAUUUUCAGUCAGAUUAUAUCAAAGAUAAAAAAGGUGAGAAUACUGAAGCUGAAGCUGACGAGGAAGAAACUGGAAUUUAGAGAGGAAAUUAUCCUUGAAAAACACGACUGAAGUAAAGGAAUUAAUAAAUAAAGCCGAAGACUAAGAAAAAAUUGACUCUCAUUUGAUUGCAUUUUUUCCAAUUUCAAUUGUGUAUCGCAUCUUGUUGAAUUGUUUGCCAUUCUUUUUGCAUACAAGGACCAUCAGCUCUUUCCUUGUCUUUACUACUAAUCCUUGAUUUUAAAUAAAUUUUUGGAGCCUAUUUUAAAUGUGCUCAAUGGCAUUACCUGAAUAUUAUGCUGCUCCGAGAAGUUUUUCUCAUGCAACAUACGUGAAAUAUUAAUAAGUUCAAGUGUAAUGAACUAAACGUCAAUUCAUUGAUGAUAGAUCUGAUGUUCUUUACCUAUUCUAGUUUCCUUGGGAGAUUUUCAGGAGAUAAUAUUGGGUCUUCGUCUAAGAUUGCCCCAGACAAAGAAAUCUAGCGUUUCAAAUUUUUAUAAAUCCAGAUGUUGUUUAAGUCAGCACUAGGAUCAUAGAAGGUACUAAUUUUAAUACAAAUUUAAGUUUAUUUAAGACUUUCCACUUCAGACACAUGGGAAUAUCUGAUUUAAAGACCUCUUUUAGUUUUACUGUAAAGCUGACAAAAUCAGUCUAUUCUUCUGUUUAAUUCUGCAGUCUGAUUAUCUUUUACCAAACCCUCAUAUUUAUACGCAUACACUUGUUAAAAUGUUUUUGCACGAAAAAAGGUUGGUCGUGUAUUGUGUUUUAGAGAAGUUGAUUUUUAAAAGAAAAUAACGUGAAUGACCUACCCGGUCUAUACUUAAUAAAAAAAUAAAGUUACAUGGGCUAAAAUACUAAGGACGGUACGUGUUAAAAUUGACUUCCUGUACAUACAUAUAUAUUUCAUCACAUAUCAUUAGACUUCUACAGCUAUAUAUCUGAUUAGCACAUUCUGUACUUCCUAAUUAUAUACGUAUUGUUCUCUUUACAUUUGUUUUCUCAUCAUCGAUAGGUACUUUAGUAAAAAUCCGAGAAGUAUUUUAAAAUUUAUGUGAGAUAUGUACAAUCAAUGGCUGAUGUACAUUAGCUGUGUUAUACCCGUUAAAAUAUUGUAAUGACAGUCAUCCUCAAAACGUCAUUAAAUUAAUAAUUUCUAAAAAUAGUUUAAAUGAAUUGUUAUUUUCGUAAGUAUUAUUUGUCAGUCGUUGACUUGCAUAUCCACAAAUUAAUCAGGGUAGGGAUUUUUUGCAAUACUAGAAUUUAAAUGAAAAGAUAUCAUCGUUAAUUGUGAUCAAUAAAAGCAAUAGAUUCAUUAAUACUCAUAGUUAGAUUAUCGAACGCACCCCAUUGUUUUAUAGGGUGUUUCAAAUUAAUAUGAUGGUCAUCUUAUUUUGAAACACCCUGUAUAUUAUUAUAUAAAUCAAAACCGCUAUGGCCUUUUUAUAAAAAAAAUAUCAAUCAAAUUUGCAAUUUACUGUGAUAUUUAGAAGAAAAAAAAGCUUGAAUUUAACGAAUUUUGCAAACUGUUAUUAAUUAAUUCGAAAUUUUUUAUAUUUACCACGCAACCGUCAAUUAUUCUCUCUGUAUAUACCUAUAAUUAUUUUGAACCCGAUUUUGCUUUUCCUUCCGUCUUUACUGUAAGAUGUUUCGACAUCUUUAUGCAGAAUACUAUAGUUUAUUUUUAGUUAGGAUUUAAUUUUUAUUUUCCUUUUUAUAUUUUUUUAAUUUAAUUAUGGUCAUUAUUACCCAUAUCGUGUAACAUUUAAUUGCAUUGUAACAAAAUAUAAUUUUUGCCUACGCAGACAUCCGGUUACUUUUUCGCUUUAUUUAGGACUUUUUACGAAUACUCUUUUAAACACAAUAAAUUAAUAUUUGCUCAUAAGUAAUGAAUAAGAUUAAAUUCAUGUCUUAUUAUAGUUAUUGGGCAUUACUAAAUUAUAAUUUAAAAAAAAACAAUCGGCAUAUCUGGUUAGCAAAAAUUAGGUAGGGUUAGUGAACUAUGAACUGAUCAUACGCUAUAUGUUAUUAUAGUAUAUCAUUGUUUAUCUUAUUGUCGUUUCAUUUUAAUACAUUGCAUAAGUACUGGACGUUUUCAAUAUUAAGUUAGGACAUAUGCCUUAGUAGUGUAAAGUUCUUUUUUAAUUUGAACAUGGCCUUUGUCAAAUUGUUUGUAUAAGACAUGUCUCUAUUGUAAAUAAAAUAUAUAAAUGUC